AGGUUUUGUUUGUUACAAGUGUGAAAAUAAGCGCACAUAUUGGAGACAACUUUUGUAGUUGAAGUUGAUAUUCACUGUUUAGGUCUCUUUUUGAAACAAAAUAUAGCUUGCAACAGGUUCAGUAAGGCCAAGGCAAGGCAGGAAAUAGUAAAAAACUAAAAAAGAGUAACCAACUCAAACGAAUCAAGGGUGGCAGAGCCAAGAAGUUGGGAGAAAAAGAACCCGAAGUCCUGCUUUGUAGGAAGCCAACGGGGAACGACAGAGUCCCCUUACUAGUAUGGAAAUUUUACCAUGCAACACCUUUUCUCUCUCUUUCCCUUGAGAACCCUUCUAUUAUUCAUUCAGGUACCUGUUUUCUCUUGCAAUUUUUCCUUUUUUAUCUAUUGAUUCAUUAACCAAAAAGUUUUUCCAAUCAUGACUGAAUAGCAAAUAGUGCAACAUAAGAUCAAUUCAUGAAUUUCAUCUUAUAAGAUCAAUGUAUAACAUAUCAUACUUGGCCACAAUAUAUGAUCUUAAAUGGCCUGCAUCUAUAAAAAUUUCCUUGCUUUAAACCUCACAAUUUUCUUCAGGGUUCUUCAGUUGUUUGAGCCUGGCAAAUAAGGGAGGGGUGGAGUUUCUUGGUUGGAAGUUCGCAAAUGGCACCAUCCCCUGAGAAUUCUCCAUCACAAGACUCCCCACCUGAUCCACCGCCAUCAAAUUCAACACAAGAUAGCUCACCAGCACCAUCAAGUUCAUCACAGGAUAACUCAACAGCACCAUCAUCAACACCUCAAAGCUCACCACCACCACCACCACUAUCACCAUCCCCACCACCUUCACCACAGUCAUCAGCAUCAUCAUCAUCACCAUCCCCACCACCUCCACAACAAUCAUCAUCAUCACCACCACCACCACCACCUAAUAAAAGUACUAAUUCUCCUCCUCCUCCACCACCUCCUAAAAAUAGCAGCAACCCUUCUCCCCCACCUCCUUCCAAAAGUAGUGGUACCAAUUCAAACACUUUUUCUUCUGAUGAUGAUAAUACACCAUCCACAAAUUCGUCCAGUGACAACAACACGGAUGUAAAAAUCAUUAUAGGAAUAGCUGUGGGGGCAGGAUUACUGCUCCUUGUUGUUAUCAUCUUUUUAGCAAGAUGCAUUCAGCAAAAGAAGAAGAAGAAGAAAAGCCACCCGCAAAUGCAGUACUACCAACCUCCUGAAGCUAAAGCCAGUGGUGAUCAAUAUUAUAACAGCUCACAGAAUCCUCAGUGGGGCAAUGGUUUUCAAGGGGCAGACCAUGUUGUCAAAGUACACCCACCUCCACCACCACCUGGUGGUGGUGGUGGCUGGGGUUCACCAUCCCCAAUGCAACCACCAUUUUUCAGUGGUGAAGCAAGCUCCGAUUUCUCUGGUCCACAUCCUCCUCCUUUGCCACCUCCACCACCAACUAUUGCUCUUGGAUUCAACAAGAGUACUUUCACUUAUGAGGAGCUGGCAGCUGCUACAGGCGGAUUUUCUCAGGCCAAUCUACUUGGACAAGGUGGGUUCGGAUAUGUGCACAAGGGUGUGUUACCAAAUGGAAAGGAGGUUGCAGUUAAGAGUUUAAAAAUUGGUAGUGGACAGGGAGAAAGAGAAUUCCAGGCUGAAGUUGAAAUAAUUAGCCGUGUCCACCAUCGCUAUCUUGUGUCACUUGUUGGAUAUUGUAUUGCUGGCGCGCAGCGGAUGUUGGCGUAUGAAUUCGUUCCAAAUAAAACCUUGGAAUAUCAUCUCCAUGGAAAGGAUCGUCCAGUCAUGGAUUUUUCCACUAGACUUCGUAUUGCAUUAGGUUCUGCCAAAGGGCUUGCUUAUCUUCACGAAGAUUGCCAUCCUCGCAUUAUUCAUCGUGAUAUCAAAGCAGCUAAUAUUCUCCUUGACAACAAUUUUGAGGCCAUGGUGGCUGAUUUUGGAUUGGCUAAGCUGUCUUCUGAUAACUACACUCAUGUCUCAACUCGUGUGAUGGGAACAUUUGGGUACUUGGCCCCGGAGUAUGCCUCAAGCGGCAAGUUGACAGAGAAAUCUGAUGUUUUCUCAUUUGGAGUCAUGCUCUUAGAACUCAUAACUGGAAAGCAACCUGUUGAUCCUACUAAUGUAAUGGAGGACAGCUUAGUAGAUUGGGCUCGACCACUUUUGGCUCGUGCACUGGAGGAUGGAAACCAUGAUGAGCUGGUUGAUCAACGCUUGGAGCUUAACUACAACCAUAAUGAAAUGCAACGCAUGGUAGCCUGUGCUGCUGCCAGCAUCAGACAUUCAGCCAGAAAGCGCCCAAAAAUGAGCCAGAUAGUACGUGCCCUGGAAGGAGAUUCUUCCCUGGAUGACCUGAAUGAGGGCAUCAAGCCAGGCCAAAGUUCAAUCUAUUCCUCUGGCGCAAGCACAGACUACAGCAACAGUUCAUACAAUGCUGACAUGAUGAAAUUCAGACAGAUAGUACUGUCAAGCCAGGAAUAUAGGGCGAGCAGCGAAUACGGAACUUCCAUCAGCGAUCACUCACAAGAGAUAGCACCUGCAGGGACGGAAAAGCACAAUAUUUAACAAGUCAGACCAAAACCAAAACCUUGAAAAACAAAACAGUGAUUGUUUACACACAUACACACUAAUAUUGG